GAAGAGACACAGACUGAAGCGUGAAGACCAGACUCUGUCCUCUGACUGAGUCCAGCUGCAGAAGACAAACGUCCACACACUGAAGACAAAAUGGCCUCCAGGUUAGAGGAGGAUCUCUGCUGUUCCAUCUGUCAGGAGGUCUUCAGAGAUCCUGUCCUUCUGUCCUGUAGCCACAGCUUCUGUAAAGACUGUGUGAAGUUAUGGUGGAGAGACAGACCAACACCAGACUGUCCUGUUUGUAAGAGAAGGUCUUCAAAGGAUGAACCACCCUGUAACCGGGUUUUAAAGAACUUGUGCGAGACCUUCUUACAGGAGCGAGGUCCGAGGUCUUCAGAGGUUCUCUGCAGUCAGCACUCUGAGAAACUCAGACUCUUCUGUCUGGACCAUCAGCAGCCAGUGUGUCUCGUCUGCAGAGACUCAAAAAACCACAUCGGCCACAAGUUCAGACCCAUCGAUGAAGCUGCACAAGAACACAAGAAGCUACUUCAAGAACCUCUGGAGACCUUCAAGAAGAACUUAGAGAGUCUGGAAGAAGUUCAGGUGAAGUUUGAUCAAACAGCAGAACACAUUAAUGUCCAGGCCCGACGCACAGAGACACGGAUGAAGGAGCAGUUUAAGAAGCUUCAUCAGUUUCUACAAGAGGAAGAGGAGACCAGGAUGGCUGCACUGAGGGAGGAAGAGCAGCAGAAGAGUCUCAUGAUGAAGGAGAAGAUGGAGGCUCUUCACAGAGAGAUAGAAGCUCUAUCAGAUACAGUCAGAGCCACAGAGGACGAGCUGAGAGCUGAAGACAUUGUCUUCCUGCUCAACUACAGAGAGCUGCAGCGCCCCCUGCUGGAGCCUCCACAGCUGCACUCAGGAGCUCUGAUAGACGAGGCCAAACACCUGGGCAACCUGGCCUUCAACAUCUGGAACAAGAUGAAGGACUUGGUCUCCUACAGUCCUGUGGUUCUGGACCCAAACACUGCUCAUCCAAAACUCAUCGUGUCUGAAGAUCUGACCAGUGUGAGACUAGGAGCCAGACAGAAGGUUCCUGAUAAUCCAGAGAGGUUUGAUUAUUACAACAGUGUCCUGGGCUCUGAGGGUUUGAACUCAGGAACUCACAGCUGGGACGUCCAGGUUAGAGACAAUACAUGGUGGACAGUGGGAGUUUUGGAGUCUGACCAGAGGAAAGGAAAAGACGUACUGUCUGGAUUAUGGGGGAUACAGUUAUAUAAAGAUAAAUACUACAAACUAUCAUCAGGUAAAGACUCUGUUCUCCAGCUGAAGAAGAAGAUCCAGAAGAUCAGAGUGAGUCUGGACUGGGACAGAGGACAAGUGUCCUUCUCUGAUCCUGAUACUAACACACUCAUACACAAACACACACACACUUUCACACACACCAUGUUUCCAUACAUUAACAAUGCUGAUGAUGUUGAAGUGAAGAUGUUACCAGUGAAGGUUUGAAGGUUAAAGGGACAGUUCACAGAAGUGAAGCUGUUCAACUUCACGUCUCUUUCACUCUCUUCACUCGUUCUUCUCUCCUUUCAGAGUUUGUGGUUUUUUCACGUGUAUGAAAAUGAUUUCACUGACAACUUUUCUUCAGAUUUGAAUAUUAAGAUAUUAUAUUAGUAAAAUAUUAGGGUCUAAUUAUAGUUAAUCAAUACUUAUUCUGUACUCCUGUACACUUAGUUAAGGGAUGCAUGUUUCCCACUUAAUAAGAAGGGUCAUGAAUAAAUGGUAAUAAUGUUUAAUAAAUGCUUAAUUAUUGUUAUUCUGUACUUAAAUCAACAUAUUGUGACUGUGUUAACUCUUGUUAAGAGUAGCUUUAUGAACAUGUGACUAAUUUAUGAAUUAAUACCUUCAUUAACCUGAAAAACAUAUUAAACUGUAUGAAAAUGAUUUCUCUGACAUUGUUCUUCAGAUUUGGUUUAGUAGACGUUUCAACCUUUAUCUGAGAAUACAUUUAAAAAAAACAACACAUUUAUCAACAAUAAGUGUGCAUUUGAUCAGGAAAUUAAGUGGUUUUGAUCAGGUAAUAAGUGGUUUUGAUCAGGUAAUAAGUGGUUUUGAUCAAAUAAUAAGUGGUUUUGAUCAGGUAUGUGUGUGGUUUUCUUCAUCAGUGACAUGUUGGUCCUGUUGAGGUGAUUCUGUGUGUAAACAUGUGAACAUAUAAUACAGAGACUGUGAUCA